CCCAGCAGACGCAUCCUGCCUGCCAGCUCCAGCGCUACCGUUAGCAAGCAAAUAAGGGAGUAGCGAGUCAUUUUUUACUGAGGAAAUAACGUUGUAUUAUCUCAACAUUGUGCCGUUUUGCUGAGUGGUUCUUUCGGGAACAUGAAAUUACAUUUUUUUUUCGUGCCAGCACGCCUCCUAGAAGACAAGAUUCCCUGUGUAAAGUCAGCCUUUUUCACUUCGACCUCGGUAGCUGAACGGAUUUAGCAAGUCCGUUCGUCUUGACAAGCGAGAGGCUCAGCUGUCCGCCGCCGCUGGUGCUCCGAGAGGGUGGGAGGGCGGGGGGGGGGAGGGUUUUGGACAAAGCCAGUCAGAUGUUGGACGGUGGGAAAUAUCCCCGGAACUCAAACGUUUUCACGCCGGGUUAUGAAAAUCAGUUGUCAAGCUGAUAAUUUGUCGUUAACGUGCAAGGAAUAGGGGGAGGAGUAAGGUCUGUUUUUAAGAGGGCGAGAGUUUGUAUCUCGCACCGAGGAGCAGAGGGUGAGCAGAGGAGGAAAAGGAUGGCAAACGAGCCGAUCAUCCUAAACGUCUAUGAUAUGUACUGGAUCAAUGAGUUCACCAGCUCUCUGGGCAUCGGAGUGUUUCACUCAGGGAUUGAGAUCUAUGGAAGAGAGUUUGCCUAUGGCGGACACCCGUACCCAUUCUCAGGGAUCUUUGAGAUUACACCAGGAGAUGCAACCGAACUCGGCGAGACCUUUAAGUUCAAAGAAGCCAUAGUCCUGGGCAGCACAGACUUUACAGAGGAGGAUGUGGAGCGGAUCGUGGAGGAGAUGGGGAAGGAGUACAAAGGCAACGCCUACCACCUCAUGCACAAGAACUGCAACCACUUCUCCUCAGCGCUUUCAGAGAUCCUGUGUGGCAGGGAGAUCCCUCGCUGGGUCAACCGCCUGGCCUACUUCAGCUCCUGUGUGCCAUUCCUCCAGAGCUGCCUGCCCAAAGAGUGGCUGACCCCGGCUGCCUUACAGUCCAGCGUCAGCCAGGAGCUCCACGGAGGAGGGGAGCUGGAGGAGGCCGAGGACGCCGCUGCCACAGCCUCCCUGGCCUCCAUGUCGCCCUGCUCACCCUCAUCCUCCUCCAGCCCCUCAUCCUUGCCUCGACAUUCUCGCCACCAGCCUCGCCGGUAGUAGGUGCAAGGUCUGCUGGGAAACUUGGGGCCCGGGGUUGUGGUCAUGAAACAGAAUAGCUGCAGCGGCUGAUGAGUCCAGCUACAGCGAGAUGUCCUGUCAGACUGUCCUGGGGAAAGGCAUUUCUGCCUGCUCUGGGUACGAAUGUCAGCCAAAUCCCUGCAAUGAUCCACAGCAGUGGAAUGUUUUUUUCCUCGCAGGCGGAAGGAGCUCCUGCCGCUGACAAAGGCAGGAUCAUCUCUCUGCGAACAUGGCUGGCGGAUUACAGCAUCCCAUCUAAAAUCCAAACUAUUUCCCCUCAUGUCUCUUUUAUAAUUUUACCGGUCAAAUCGCAAUGGAGAAUGGAAGCAGGGCCGUUUGUUUUCCCACCAAAGUGAUUUAUAAUUUAAGAACAUUUACCAGCCACAUUCAGAUUUUACCAGCAGUCAUUUGGUGGAUGGUGCUAAGCUCUGCCUUGUUGUAGUGGAAUCCAGAGAAAUGCAGGUUUGGGUCAGUUCAUAACCAUGAGCCCACGCCAAAGGAGAGAAAUUAACAUGUAGAGUGGAUGUUCAGUAAGAAUGUUCAUUAUUCUGCAGCCACAUUUUUAGGCUCAGUGCUGACUGAUGUCUCUGGUUUCUUAAUUUUCCUGAGGCUACAGCUGUGUUGCCAUCAAACUUGUGUCUGAGUGGCCGACAUGUAUGAAAAAUGUCAGAGGGUUUGACCUUACCACUCGUCACUAGUUUUUCAUUUGUUUGGAGCUCAAAAAUCUAGAAAUCUUAAAGACAAUGUUUUGAUCCCAGUUAGAUCUUCUGCUGCUUAAAAAUAGACACCACACACACACAUAUAUACACACCAACAGGCUUUAGGUUUCAAAGAAGGUACAUUUAAUUUUUCUUUUAAAUCACUUCUAGCCAAGCACUGGUGUAAUUUGACUGUGGCUGAUAAAUGUUUCCAGUGCAGCCAGCUGUAGUUAGAAUCUGCUGAAUACUGGGCUGGUGAACCUUUGAUACCAGCAGGUGGACUGUUUGCCUCAAAAUGCUGUGUGCGUAUCAGGACCUCAGCCUUUUGUUCUUUUUCUAUCACAGAAAGCUGGAUCGACUACAGUCAGCCUCAUGUUCGUCAAACUCCACAUAGUCACAAAUAAACUGAUCCAGAACCGUUAUCUAAAUGGGGGGAAAUCCGUAACACACCUUGGAUGGGUUCAGUACCAGGUAGCCUUUGCUUCCCGAGUCCCUUUCUUUGUCCCUUUUUUUUGUCCGGUAACUGUAACAGCUGUUCCUACCUGCCUGUCAUGGAAGAACCACACCUGAUUGGACAAAGUUUAGCCCAAUGAAGCAGAUUUUUAAAAUGCAUCAGCCUGUAAAGUAAUAAUCAUGAUAGAGUUACACUUAUUUCUUCACCAAUAAUGUUUUUCUUCUUGUUAAAGUUUCAUAAAUAUAUUUAAGAAUUAGGUUGCAGGGUUACCAAGAAGAUUCUGAGUUUCAAUCCCAGAGUAAAACAGUGAAUUCUUUCUUAGUAGCAACUGCCAAGGUGCCUUUGAGCAAGGUACUUAACCUACAAGUGUCCCAGUGGCCACCAGUAGAAGACUGUGGUUGAACUGGAUUGCUCUUUUGUAAGUGUAAUGUUUUGUCUUUCCUCAAAUAAGUCAAGUAUCUGUUGAAGGACACAAUGUUGACAGAAAUGUCUGAAGAAGGAGCAAAGGGAGGGAAAGAGAGGAAGAGGAGCCCUCUUUAACUGACCUGUGAUCAGCCCUGCACUCCUCACAGUCCAGUUCCUCACAUCUGUGCCCAGUUAGGGAUGACGCACACUGGUGUUAAUUCAGAGCAUCACAAACACAUUUCAGGUUUCAUUUUGAAAGAAUCCGCUUUAAUUUUAUGUUGGAAAAACUAAACUAACUAACUAACUAACUAAACUAAAAUCAUCAUGGACGAUCUUUUUAAUCAAAAAAAGAAAAGGUUACAUAUAAUUUUACAAGAAGAUGCUGCUUUUCCAAAAUGACGAGCACCUCAUUUAAACUUCUCUAUAUGCUGUUAGCAACACCACGUAUGCUGCAUAAUGUGUACUGUCCCAAACAAGAGCCAUGGAUGUGUUGAAAAUAUAUUUCUCAGCUGAUUUAACUUGUUUUGCUGGAAGUCUGAGGACAAGCAGGAAAACUUGUUUAUGGGUUUUUGUUUUUGUUUAUUUUUUGUAAAUCCUUUAUUGUAUUUCUAUGAUAUAUGGACUCUGGCCUUUUUGUCUGUUUUGUUUAUGUUUGAUAAACUCAGGACUCCAAAAGGCUUUGUAAUAUAAUCCUUUCAACUUUUUUAUCCCACGUUUUAUGUUUGUGUUGUUGUUGCUUUUUCUAAUGCAGUAGUCACUCCAUAGAGCUUUUGAAGAACGCACUGUGGCGGUGCAGUUUUAUACUCUUCUCUUUGGUAAAAAACAAACAAACAAAAAAAGCUUUUGUUUACAACCUGGGUGUUUGUAUGUGAGCCUGUGCUGCUCGUUGUUUUCCUGUCUGUGCAUGAAUGUGUGAGUGUGUGUGCACACUUGUAUUAUAAAUGGUUAGUAUCAACAAGCUGCCAACUGGGCCACAUUUCUAUACAUCACACACACACACAUAUUCUGCAAAAGGGAUCCAUCUUCACAAAUGUAGCUGGUGUUUCCAAGAUUUUUUUUGUUUCCAAAAUAUUGCUGCAUCUUCAAGAGAUUGGAUUUCUUUAAACGUGUGAAUUUUUGUCCUCAGUCCUAAAUGUAGGAUAUAUUCAGUUACAUUAUUUUGGAGCACUGAUUUUGCGGAUGGUUUUCAGGACUUUGUUCUCUAACCAGUAAACCAAACCGAAGCAGUGUUAAAGCAGGACCCACUGGACAACAGUGACAUUUCUCAUGAAACCAGCAUAUUUAUCUGAUGUGGGGUGAGAGGAUUCAACUCGCUGUGUUAUGAGCUUAAUUUUAAAUGUUACUUUUUUUUUGUAAAUCUGAAUAAGAAAACGUAAACUUUAUUUUUAAUGCACUGACACAGGCUGACGCACACACCUGUACUGCUCAUGUCAGCGCCCUCUGCUGGCUGUUAUCUGUACUGUUACUUGUCUGUGCUUAACCUCACAGACGCUGAGGUUUCCCUUAACCUUCAUAGCUUCAGACAGUUUGUUCAUCAUCUACUGACAAAUACACAAUAUCUCAUCAGACACGAAUUGUCCACCAGCCGAACUGGAUUAACCAACAUAUGCAGCCUUUUGUUUCAAAAUGCUGAGGAAGAAAAUUGUCCUUUCAGUUCAUAUUGCAAUGUUUAACAUCAUUUCAAGUUCCACAAAUCACCAUUACUGAGGCCAAAGACAGCAACAACUCCACCAGUCCUUUUUUUUCUUAACAGCCACUUAGCAUUAUCACAGCUUUUUUUUAAUGAAUGUCUCGUUUUGGAAUGAAACCCUAAUUCUUUUAAUAAAUGUACUUAUUUAAUUAUAAUAGUAAAUGUCCUAUCAAAGGACUCUUUGUGGGAUAUUUGCACCACGUGUGUGUGAGCUAUGAAUGUAAAUUGGGAAACCUCAGUCAUCCAAACCCCGGAGAAAACUGACUUCAGCUGUUUUACAGAGAAUUUUCACAGAGACGUCUGUGAAACCAACCUGAUUUGUUACCUGUUGGACAGUUAUUAAAGAGAAGUAUACAAUCUGUGACUCCGAUUCUGUGUCCUGACUGUUUUGUUAAAUUAGUUUCUUGGUUAUGCUAGGCGUCUUUAUUAUGGAGUCUCAAAGUGUUCAAUAAUAAAUAAAUAAAAA